AUUGCCCCUUUUAUACACGGAAAUGACUACUGUCAACAUGCCGACACAUGUGUGGCAUGCUUGAAAUAAAUGAAUGUACUCUUUCUGUGAUGUUUAUGACAAUUUAAAUAAUAACAAAUAUAGAGAACAACUACCAACAUGAAGUUUGCUUACAGGUUUUCCAAUUUGUUGGGAGCUGUGUAUCGUCGUGGGAAUCUGAGUUUCUCUAAGGAUGGCAACUCUGUGAUAAGUCCGGUGGGAAACCGCAUCUCCGUCUUUGAUCUAAAAAACAACAAGUCAGAGACACUGCCAGUGUCCACUGCCAAGAACAUCACCUGUGUCGGCCUCUCCCCCGAUGGGAACCUGGCUAUACUGGUGGAUGAAGAUGGAGCCGCGUUGCUGAUCAGCCUGAUCACAAGGGCUGUUCUCCAUCACUUCCACUUCCACAAACCUGUGGCCAGUAUCCGCUUCUCUCCUGAUGGCAGGAAGUUUGUGGUAACCAAGGAGAAUGUAGCGUUGAUGUACCACGCUCCCGGGAGGAACCGGGAGUUCAAUGCCUUUGUCUUGGACAAGAGCUACUACGGACCCUACGAUGAGACCACCUGCAUCGACUGGACCGACGACUCCAAGUGCUUUGUGGUGGGCAGCAAAGACAUGUCUACCUGGGUGUUUGGAGCCGAGCGCUGGUCCAACCUCAUCUACUACUCUCUGGGGGGACACAAGGACAUCAUGGUGGGCUGCUUCUUCGAGAAGGACAGUUUAGAUUUGUACACAGUGAGCCAGGACGGGACGCUGUGUGUGUGGGAGAGUGAUACGGAGCUGGACGGGCUGGUUCUGAGAAAGACCAGGCUACCAGCGGAGAGAGGAGAGGAGGAGGAGAGAGGAGAAGGAGAGGAGGAAGAGCCCAGAGGAGAGGUGAUCAGAGGGAAAGGAGAAAGACCCAAGGAGAAGGAGGGAACCAAGAACGUCAGAUACAAACAGAGGAGCAAACACUUCUUUAACAAGGAGGGUGACUUCAACAACCUGACGGCUGCAGCGUUCCAUAAGCCCACACACAUCCUGGUGACUGGGUUCGCCUCGGGGAUCUUCCAUCUCCACGAACUGCCCGAGUUCAACCUCAUCCACUCCCUAAGUAUCUCAGACCAGAGGAUUGCCACAGUGUCAAUGAACAGCUCUGGCGACUGGAUAGGCUUUGGCUGCUCAGGUCUGGGCCAGCUGCUGGUGUGGGAGUGGCAGAGUGAAUCCUACGUGUUCAAACAGCAGGGACACUUCAACAACAUGGCCGCCCUGGCUUACUCCCCCGACGGACAGUACAUCGCUACAGGAGGGGAUGAUGGGAAAGUGAAAGUGUGGAACAUGACCAGCGGCUUGUGCUUCGUCACAUUCACAGAACACACCAGCUCUGUCACUAACGUCACCUUCACCUCCAGAGGCUUUGUCAUCGUCAGCGCCUCCCUGGAUGGAACGGUCCGAGCCUUCGACCUGCACAGGUACCGUAACUUCCGGACGUUCACGUCUCCGCGGCCGGCCCAGUUCUCGUCUCUGGCGGUGGACCCGAGCGGGGACCUGGUGAGCGCUGGGGCCCAGGACUCCUUUGAGGUCUUCAUCUGGUCCAUGCAAACUGGACGCCUGCUAGAGGUCCUGGGGGGCCACGAGGGCCCGGUGAGCUGUCUGUGUUUCAGCCCGGUGCAGUCCAUCCUGGCCAGUGCAUCAUGGGACAAAACGGUCCGCCUCUGGGACAUGAUGGACAGCUGGCAGACCAAAGAGACGCUCCGUCUCACCUCUGAUGGCCUGGCGGUGUCGUACCGGCCGGAUGGUCAGGAGCUGGCCGUGGCCACGCUGGACGGAGAGAUCUCCUUCUGGAGCCCCCAGUCAGCCAAUCAGACAGGCUCGGUCAGCGGACGCCACGACCUGAAGAUGGGACGCAAGGAGACCGAGAAGAUCACCUCCAAACAGUCCGCCAAGGGCAAGUCCUUCACAUCGCUGUGCUACUCUGCAGACGGGGAGUCCAUCCUGGCUGGAGGCCAGUCCAAGUUUGUCUGCAUCUACAACAUCAGAGAACAGAUCCUCAUGAAGAAGUUUGAGAUCUCCUGCAACCUGUCCCUGGACGCCAUGGAGGAGUUCUUGGACCGGAGGAAAAUGACAGAGUUUGGGAGUCUGGCGCUGGUGGAUGAGGGGGUGGGCGAUGGGGACGGGGUAGAGCUCAGUCUGCCAGGGGUUAGGAAAGGAGACAUGAGCUCUCGCCAUUUCAAGCCUGAAAUCAGAGUGAGCUCUCUCCGCUUCUCUCCUACUGGUCGUAGCUGGGCUGCUACCUCCACGGAGGGUCUGCUAACCUACUCUCUGGACGGGGCGCUGGUAUUUGACCCCUACGACCUUGACCUGGACGUGACCCCCGCCAGCGUCCGCCGACAGCUGCGCCAGGCCAAGUGGGCGGCAGCCAUCGUGCUGGCGUUCCGCCUCAACGAGACCGCCCUCACACAAGAAGUCCUGGAGGCCGUGCCACACCACCAGAUCGCCGUGGUGUGCGGCUCCCUGCCUGACGUCUAUGUAGAGAAACUGUUAGGUUUCAUAGCAUCAGCCCUGGAGCGAUGUGGUCACCUGCAGUUCUACCUGAGCUGGUCCCAGUCUCUCCUCACGCAGCAUGGACAGAAACUCAAAACCAGGUCUGGAGCUGUUCUCCCCACCAUUCAGUCACUGCAGAAGAGUAUUCAAAAACACUUUGAGGACCUCUCAAAACUUUGUGACUGGAACAUGUACACCAUCCGCUACGCAGUCGCCCUGUCCAAGCAGAAGGGUGUGAAGAGGACAGCGGGGGACGCUCUCUGUGACAAGGAUGAGAGCGAGGACUCUGAGGUGAUGAGCGAGGCCUCUCUGGAGGAGACAGACAUGCUCAUGUAGGAUGCAGCCCACAACCUCUUGAGUGGUGGACUUCCCUUCAUCCACUCUGACCUGAAUAACCAUUGACUGGUAUGAAGCAGACCCACUGCAGUUCUUCUACAGCUAACCACUGAUAAAGGAAAGGAGACAAGGAGAGGAAGCCACUCAAGAGUACAGUGAUGCAGCUUCAACAAGGUUCUGUUCCAAUAUCCACACUAGCAUACCACUGCUACAUUCCAAUGAAGCAAUGUAUUGGGCAAGCAUUUUAAGUACUGUAGUAUGCUAGGAUGAACAUCGGAAUGUAGCCAAGAGACACUGACCUCAUCACACAAGGCCUCUCCCAGUGCCUUCUGGGAAAUUAAGAUGGCCACUAAUAGGCCAAAGGAGAAGGACUGUGGCAGACCACAAAGGAUUAACCUGUGCUAGUGAAAAUCUGUUUAUUUACAAUAGAUAUAAACAUGUUUUUGUUGUUGUUGUAGUAAACCGUUUGAAAAAUGACUGAUGAAUAGUUGUUACGUUACCUGGAUCACCACCAGCUCCUGUGAUUUAAAUAGUGAUGGGGAAAAUGUAUACAGUUAAGGACCGCAAUAUUAUUUUGGAUACCAAGUAUCAGUUCUAUAUUUGUCAUCUUAUAGAAUUACAAGUGAUACUAAAAUAAACAAUUUUAUUUCCUUUUCA